UCCGGCCCACCACCCCGCGAUCCUGCCAGCCGCGGCAAGUUUCGUCGCUGCGGUUGCUCAUUCCUGGUUGCGCGACACGGACGCGGUCUCGCGUCUGGCCUGGCCGCGUCAGGCGACUCCGCGCCGUCCUGGGUUUCUAGGGUUUUAGCGUGCAGUCCACCGCGAAUUCGAAGGCUGAUCCGGUUGCUGCUCUCCCCGCGCGGAGGAGACGAGACGGACAUUUGUGAUGGAUCGGAUCUUUGUCUCUGUCUCUACUGCAGCGUAAGCGUUUUCAGUUUAAAGAGGGUGUGAUUGUAAACGCCCAGGGAGGCGAUUUUGAGCUUCGGCUCUUCUCAUACUUGCGGUAGCAAGCGUUUAUCCUACAAUUCAUCAAAAUGAGUCUCAUUCGUGACUACUAUCAGUUUUCUAAAGCCGAUCGCCCACCUGAAUAGCCAGAUUAUGUCCAAAAUUUGUGGGCGUUUGGGUACAUUUUUCUGCCUCUGAGUCCAGUAGCUUGAGAUCUGGGAAUAGUUCGUUGCUUGCUUGGGUUGUUCACUCAACUUGGACCCCUUUUUCAUGCGAAGGGUUGACCCAGGUUCUCUUGUCAUAACUCAUAUCGCUUCCAUAACAAGUAACUGGACUCCCUUUUGCUAUUACUAUAUUGUUAGUUUAGUUUGGUACACCGAUACGUGAGGCUCAUGGAGGUCUUUUGCACCGAGUUCCAUUAGCUUUAAGUGGAGCUGCAAAAAAAUCUCCAAUCUGCAGGCCAUGCCAAGUGCUACAUAUAAAUCAAUUCAUGGACACUUCUCAAGAUGCCUAUCUUUUUGGACCAACCGGAUAGCAUCUUCUUCCACUAUAAUGAUUCAUGGAAAUUGAGCAUGGGUGUUAUCCUCAAAAGAGAUCAACUUCCCCUAUCCAGUGGCACUAACUUUGCUGCAUAUGCUCUUCUCAUCUGUAGUAUGCUUUGCAGCUACAAAGAUUUUCAAGGUCAUAAAGAUUGAUGAAGGAAUGACUACAGAUGUAUACGUGAGUUCAGUCAUUCCAAUUGGAGCAAUGUUUGCAAUGACACUUUGGCUAGGGAACAGUGCAUACCUCUACAUAUCUGUUGCAUUUGCACAGAUGUUGAAGGCAAUAAUGCCUGUAGCUGUGUUUCUCCUUGGAACAGCAUUUGGCCUUGAAGAAAUGAACUGUAAAAUGCUUGCUAUCAUGUCUAUCAUCAGCGUGGGAGUUAUUGUGGCCUCUGUUGGUGAAAUUACAAUCAGCUGGGUCGGAGUGGUAUAUCAGAUGGGUGGAGUUAUUGCAGAAGCCCUUAGACUUAUCUUUAUCGAGAUAUUUUUGAAGAAGAAGGGUGUUAGACUGAACUUGAUAUCCAUGAUGUACUAUGUUAGCCCUUGCAGUGCCUUUUGCCUGUUCAUUCCCUGGUUGUUCUUAGAGAAGCCAAAGAUGGAUGCAAGUAUUUCAUGGAACUUCCCACCAGUUACAUUGUUCUUAAACUGCAUGUGCACAUUCGUACUUAAUCUGUCAGUUUUCCUUGUCAUUUCCCGGACAAGUGCACUGACAGCUCGUGUUACUGGAGUUGUGAGAGAUUGGAGUGUGGUGCUGCUGUCAGCUGCUAUUUUUGCUGAUACAAAGCUUACCUUCAUAAACAUAGUUGGCUAUGCCAUAGCCAUAGUAGGUGUUGUUGCAUAUAACAAUCAUAAGCUUAAACCCCAAGUGAACCAGCAGCAGGGUGCUGACAGCAAAGUCAGCCCAGGAAGCCCUCGACAUGUCGAGAUACCGUUGAACUCUACAAAAGAAUCUUCAUAACACCGAAGGUAGUGAGAUCUUGGACAUAUUUUUUGGGGGGAAGGAGAAUUGAGCUCUUAAUUUUGCUACGAGUUGGCCAGCUCUCCAUGGAUACAUUCUUCCUACAAAUCAACAGGAAGACCGGAAAUUUUGUACAAUGAUAUGUAAGAUACGAUAGCAUACUGAUUUGUACUAUUGUUGCCCGGAACAGGGCGGGCACAUCAUAAAGGUCAAUUGAGUUGUGUAGAUGUGUUUGUUGUCUUAGAAAUCCAUCAGGUGCUCCCAAAGAUGCAACCUGAUUCUGUUGGUAUACUUCGUUACUUUGGAGAGUCCUGCCAACAAGACGGACCUUGUAUAUGAAGUAUGUCUGUAUGCACAUUGUACUCCUUCAAAUAUACAAGAAUACCAUAUGUGAACUUCUUUUUUA